AUGGCCUGGUUCUCCAACAAUGCCAACUGCGGAUUUUCAGUCUUCACCCUUGCCACCGUAGGAUGGAUCCUCUCCUCUAUGUCCAUGGGCCUUGUGGACUGGCGAACAUGGCAUGUGAAAGGCACCCCACCCUACCCCCCUGCGGUCGCCUACGUGGGACUAUUUAGAGUCUGCAUUUACGAGCAUCACACCAACAGGACCACAGCCAUAUUUUGUUACCUAUACAGCUCCAAGGACAACUUUCUCCCUUCUGAAAUUUACAUGGCUCAAAGCUUCCUACUGACUGCCAGCAUUUUCGGAUUCUUUGGGAGACUCGUUAAAAUCUUAGCACUUAGGGACAUGUCCUUGGGACUAUUUGGGGGCAACACCUACAAUUCAUUCAUUGUUUCAGGAAUUCUCAACAUUGCUGCUGGUAUGUUUAUCUUAAUUGCUGUGUUCCAGAACUAUGAUGCUAUCAUAAAUUCAAAGGGGAUCACCUUCCCACCAUCUUUCCAAAUGUCCUUCAAGCCAGAUGUGCAGGAAGUCGGCAUGGCCAUUCAAGUGGCAGGGAUAGCUGCCUUCCUGAUGCUGUUAAGUGGGAUAUUUUCUCUGUUGUACAGAUGUUCCCUAUACGCCCAAGUGCAUCCUGAAAUUUCAGAAAUGUGAGUUUCCUGGUUGCAUUGGCUUUGCAAAUGCAAGAUUUCUGGGAGUUUAUGGGAGUGUUAUUAGCAUGCUCUACCAAAUAUUUCCAAGGACUCAAGACCAUGGAGUGGGUAGUUUGGGACAGAAGGUGGCCAACUGCUUCCUUCUGUUAUCUUGUGUAUCUGAAUGUGGUUCACUGAUUUGUUGGUUGAAUUGAGAACUUUUAUUAAAAAAAAAAUCUUCCCACCUGCCAGUUGGUCUUAUUGCAACUGGAUUUUAAUUAUUGUUGGCUAAAGCAAAUAACCAACACCAUAAAUUAAGGGUAGGGAAAUAAGAGUUUCUAAGCACAUUAACUCUCACAUCUCCCUCU